GCUAGGUAGCGUAAAGAUCAUUCAGUCCAGUCACUCAGCAGCUCUGAAUAAAAACUACCUUUUAAACUUGUCGCUACCAUGAAAGAUGUCAGCGGGUUUCUCAAGCAGCAGCAGAGCAACAGCUCAACGCCGGAGAUGGCGUCGGAGUGGCACACGUUGGAGGAACUGCACAAUAAAAGAUUGUGGCAUCAGUUGACUCUGAAGCUGACAGACUUCGUUAAAGACCCGUGCUUCAAAACAGGAGAUGGCCUCAUACAGCUCUACGAUAAUUUCCUCUGUGACUUUGAACACCGAAUCAACCCUUUGUCCCUCAUGGAGAUCAUCCUCUAUGUUGCCAGACAGAUGACAGAUCCUAAAGAUGCCAUCGUUUUUCUCGAGAAGACCAAGGAAAAAGUGAAAAGCAGCGAUGAAGCCGUCAUCCUCUGCAAGACGUCUAUCGGCAGUCUUAAACUGGAGAUCAACGAUCUUCCUGCAACAAAGAAACUAAUCGAAGAUGUGGAGGAGAUGUUGAAUAACUUGCCCGGUGUGACGUCGGUCCACGGCAGAUUUUACGACCUGUCCAGCAAAUAUUACCGCAUCAUCGGGAACCACGCCUCCUACUACAAGGACGCUCUGCGCUACCUCGGCUGCGUGGACAUCAAAGACCUGCCAGAGUCGGAGAAGCAGGAGAGAGCGUUCACGCUGGGGCUCGCCGGACUCUUAGGAGAAGGAGUUUACAACUUCGGAGAGCUGCUGAUGCAUCCCGUGCUGGAGACGCUGAGGAACACAGACAAGCAGUGGCUCAUCGACACACUAUACGCCUUCAACGGAGGAAACGUGGAGAAGUUCCAGGGCUUCAAGUCCGCCUGGGGCCAACAGCCUGACCUCGCAGCACAUGAAGCUAAACUCAUGCAGAAGAUCCAGCUGCUCUGUGUGAUGGAGAUGACUUUCACUCGUCCUGCCAACCACAGGCAGCUCACCUUCACCGAGAUCGGCCAGAGCGCCAAAAUCCCCGUUAACGAGGUGGAGCUGCUGGUGAUGAAGGCUCUCUCUGUCGGCCUCAUUAAAGGAAACAUUGACGAGGUGGACCAGAAGGUGCAGAUGACUUGGGUGCAGCCCCGAGUGCUGGACCUGCAGCAGAUCAAAGGUAUGAAGGAGCGGUUGGACUCCUGGUGCGGAGACGUUAAGAACAUGGCCAUGCUGGUGGAGCAGCAGGCUCACGACAUCCUCACCUAAAACCUUAAAACGGGACAACACCUCCUUCUUCCUCCUCCUCCUCCUCCUCCUUCCUGGCACACAAGCAACUCCUGUUUUUUGUUGCGUUUUUUUUUUUUUGUUUUGUUCAUUCUUUCAUAAAUGACAUAUUGUUUAUCACCAAUCUGUAAAUUACACUGAGGUAUUUUACACACAAGCAGUUGGUUGUAACCUCAGAGUAUGGGUUAAUAAAUACACAAAUGGAUUA